AUGUUUUUUUUCGUUAAUACAUAUUUAUUGGUAUCUUAUUUAAUAUAUGCCAUAGCUAUUAUACUUUUAUUUACACAACAUGGCGAUGCAAAUAUUGUGCCUAAAAUACUCUCCAAAAAUGAUUACCCGAGAUAUAUUUAUUCAACAAUAAAUAAGCCAACCUAUCAGCUAAAUGUAAAACAUAUAACAAAUAAAAGUUUAAAUUUGGCAAGUAGAACUCAAAAAAGAAGGUUGGGUAUUUCCUAUUACUAUAUUGGGGAUAACAAUGAAGGACCAGGCACCUUUGUUCGGGCAUUUAAUAAAAAUCAUCAGUUUGUAAAACCGAAGAAUGGAUCAGGUUUUAUCGGUUAUUCCCUGUUUAGAGAAAAGGGGGAGGAUUUAUGGAGAAAACAACUAAAAAAAACGCAUUCUAUAUUUAUAAAAAAAACAAACAAGGAUAUAGUUGAUAAAAAUAUUGAUGAUAUGAUUAACGAAAACGAUGAUGUAAAUGACGAAAUUGACGAGAAUGGUGAUAGCGAGGUAUCUGAAGACAAUUUGAGUCCCCCAUCCCAUGAUAACAAUUUCAAGAUGAAUGAUGGUGGUACGAUAAAACCACAAGAAACCAACUAUGAUUUAAUAAAUGAUUAUAUAUUGCUAAAAAAAAAUAGUAAAACUAUAAAAGAAUUAAUAAAAGAAGGUAUAUGGGUAUGUCCUAAAGAGAAUAUUAAAAUGAUUAGGAAACGAACUGAUAAAAAAAUAAAUUGGAAUUAUAUUUUAAAAAAAAAUAACGAAUUAUUAAAAAAUAACGUUGAUAAGAUUUAUGAUGAUAUAUAUGAUAAACAAAAUGUUGAUGAUAUAUUUUUUGCUUUUGAUACGUAUCCUUUUAGUUAUUUAAAUGUUACCAUGAGUGUAUUUUCUUUGUAUAAAAUUGCUAAAAAUUAUCUGAACGAAAAAAGACAAAAAGUUGAUAAUAUGGAUGGGACAAAAUACAAUUUUUAUAAUUUGCAAACAAAAAAUAGCGAUACAAAUGAUAAUAUAAAUAAUUAUGGAAAACAGUUAACGAACAAUUUCUUAACCAUGGAUAACCAACAUAACGACAUUGAUGAUGAUGGAAGUAUUUUGAAAAUAAAAAAUGAAAGAAAAAGAUUAUAUAGUAUCACAAGAAAUAGAAAUUUUAUGAGAAUUAUUGGAUCUAUCAAUAAACAUUUAAAAAUAAUUUAUAAAAUAUUUUCAACUAAUAAUAAAUUAUCAACUUAUGAAAAAAACAAAAACAUAUAUGCAUAUAUACCAUAUAUAAAUAUUAAGGAUAUAAUUAUAAUUCUAAAAUCAUUUUCUAUAUUAAAAUAUGAUCAUGCAAAUAUAUAUAAAUAUAUUUAUUUUUAUAUUAUUUUUUUUAUUGAUAAGUUUGAUAUCUACAAUUUAUGUGAGGCUGUGCAUAUGUGUAUUAUCAAAAAUGUCUACAUUAAGCCACUUUUCCAAAACUUUUCAAAAUAUUUACUGCAAUACUUUGAAAAGGAUAGUCAACCCGAAAUGCAAGCCAAUCAGCUAGUUACACAAGCAUAUCCUCAUCAAGAAAGAGAAGCUGUUAUAUCAUCACAUAUACAAACGGAUAAUAGUAAUAUAGAUAAUACGACAGAUGAUUCCAAUAAUAACGAAGAGAAACAAAUAGUAAAAGAUAGUACAUCGUCGAAUGAAGUAGAAAUGGUGAAUGCUUUAACGCGAAAUGAAGAAGAUGAGGUUCAAUCAUUAUAUGAUGAAAUUAACGUAGAAGAUGUUUAUAAAAAUAUGCUUGACAUUUUAAAAAAGAACGGGAAAAAAAAAGAGGAUAAAAAAUUAAAUAAAGAUGAUAAAAAUUGCUCCGAUAUGUUCGAGGUUUUUAAUGGAAAAAAUUUUACUUAUUCUAUUUAUCAUUCUGGGAAUUAUUCAAAUUUAAAUAGCCCUACUAAUGAUGCAUCAAAAGAUGAAAAAACAAAAAAAUUUGAAGACCUAAAAAUGUUCAGUCCUCAAGAUAAAAGAAGUGAUAAAAUGAAUAUUUUACAAAAUGGAAAAUUUGAUGAAAGUGUUUCAAACCCAGAAGAAGACGGAACAUCAGUAAUUCAGAACGCUACUAAUGAUAAUAGCAAUUAUUGCAGCGCUCGCUCUAUAAACUUUUAUGUCUAUUGCUUAUAUACAUUGUCCAAGUUCCCCUAUACAAAUAUCAAACUUUUAAAAAUCAUUACUUCUAAAUUGCCAAAAAUUGUUGAACAAUUAACUAUAGAAGAGUUAAUUAUAUCGUUUUAUAGCUUAGCAAAUUUAGAAUUCAAUUGUUUUAAAUUACUGAAUCAUUUGUAUGUAUUAAUAUUUAAAAAAUUACCAUCUUUAGAUUAUAGAAAUACGGGGCUUAUACUAAAAUUAAUAAAAGCAUUAUAUACGGUUAACAAUUUAGUUAAUGUAAAAGAAGACGUAAAUAUAAAUUUUAAUCAAACACCUGAAGAAAUUUCGCAAAUGAAAAAAGAUGUAAUCACGAGUAAAAACAAUACCAGUAUCAAUAUUCCCUCAGUGAAAUUUCUCAUGAUUUAUUUCGUAUCAAAACUUAUUCUUAAAAAUAUAAAUAAUUUUUCACCAAUCGAAUUAGUAGAUGUUGUUCGAUAUUUAUCAUCAAUGGACUAUAUUGACAAAGAACUUUUUAAUUUUGUUUAUAAUUUAUCUUUUUUUAAAAAUUUAAACACCGAGACAUUAAAUUAUUACAAAAAUAACAUAUAUUUCAACCAAUCAUAUUAUGCUUAUACAAAAGAUAACAGCAUAAAUACACCUAUCGAAAUUAUGAUUUGCAAGUUGUAUCAAUCUUAUCUUGCAUAUCGCGGAUUAUAUGCUGCCGAUACUAAUAAUAAUGAUAAUAAUACUACUCAAAAUAUAACACUUAGAAAUGACAAAGAUAUUAAAGACAUUCUCGAAAAAAAUGAUCAAAUAAAUACGUUUGUGUUUAAUAAAAAUGUUUUAGAAUUAUUUAAAAAUACGUAUUUAAAUAAUAUGAAAAUAUCAUCAUACAGUACAUCUUCGUUACAUUAUGAAAUAGCCGAUAUUAUAAAAAAAGAUUUUAAAAUACCAUGUCAUGUUGAAUAUCAAACUGAAAAUGGAUUAUUCAUAGAUAUUGCUAUACUAUAUGAAGACCUUAAAAAAGUGAAAAAUAAUAUUCCUUUUUUUAAAAACAUUGCUAUUGAAAUAAAUGGCCCUUUCCACUACAAAACAAAAUCAUUAACUACGGAUUAUCCAUUACUUAAUACGAAAACCAUUUUAAAAAGAAAAUUACUAAAUAAUGAAGGAUGGCAUGUUAUUUCUUUUCCCUUUUGGGAAGUUAAACCAUGGUUUACCAAAACACGAAAGGAAAAUUACAUUUUAAAGAUGCUUCCUGAGGGAUUGAAAUCAUUCUUUAAUGAAAUUAAAAGUUCAUAA